UUUAAAAUUAAUAAACAAAAUUCGCUUGAUAAAUGUUAAAUCCAGCAUGGACAAGUAUCUAAAAGAGCAUUAUUAUGAUCAGAUUUUCAGUUUAUUAAAUGAAGCAAACGAUAGAACGCACGUUGCCUUAAACGUAGACUUGAGUUUAUUGCAACAGCAUAAUUUUGCUUGGUUCCAUGCCAUUUUGAUGAAUGUUUAUGCUGAGCUGAUUAAAUGGGAUGCGGCAUUAUUGGCGGCGCAAAACUUAAUUGUAUCAGAAGAUCGCAUAUAUCUUGAGGCGGACUAUCAAGUAAAAGGCAAUUGUCAUGUUCGAUUUUUCCAUCUACCACCAUCUGAUCACAAUUUCAAAGUUCCAUUUCCAAAUGUCGAUCAAAUUGGUGAAUUUCGAGAUGUUCGUGGUACUAUAACACGUAUGACGCGAGCCAAGCUGCUCGAGAUAAAAAGAGAUUUCGUUUGCUCCAAAUGUGGUUUGCUAAUGCUUGUUGAAGCUGAUUAUGCGCUUAUGUAUCGAUUCGAUCUGCCGGAAUGCACAAAAUCUGGAUGCAAAGGUACAAUGCGCCAAAAAGAUACUGAACCAAAUCCACUGUACUGUGUUAACUAUCAAGAAAUAAAAAUUCAGGAAGCUCUUAGUGAGAAAGUUAUCCCACCAGCACUGAUUAUUACGCUCGAAUCAGAUUUGGUUGAUUGCUGUCAGCCCGGUGACUGCGUAACCAUUUGUGGAACCAUUGAACGUCGUUGGUUUGCAUUCAGUGAAGCAAAGUGUGAAGCUGUGAUCGUAAUGCGAGCAGUCAGUUUGGUGCGAGAACGGAACACUUUGAUGUUUGACGAUAAAGCUAUAGAAAUGGCGACAUUGAAGUGUGAUUGGGAGGAAAGUUUAAAGAAAUACGGUGAACUUGGUUUACGAGAUUUAAUCAUCAAAUCUGUUUGUCCGGAUGUUCACGGUUUGCAUGCGGUCAAAUUAGCGCUUAUUUUAGCCAUUUGCAGUGCGAGUGCUGUUAACGAUUGUAAAUCAAGUGAUGGUUUGCACCAACGUGGACAGAGUCACAUUUUGAUGAUUGGCGACCCUGGCCUAGCCAAAUCCAAAUUGUUGCUUAGCGCAACUUCGAUUGCUCCCCGUUCGGUACAAACAACAGGUAUGGGCUGUUCAAGCGCUGGAUUGACUGCUGCCGCAAUAAAGGAAAAUGGUGAAUGGGUGUUGGAAGCGGGAGCCUUAGUAGUGGCCGAUGGAGGUGUUUGUUGCAUAGAUGAAUUCAAUUUAAUGCGAGAGGCGGAUCGAGCUUCCAUUCACGAGGCAAUGGAACAACAAACUAUAAGUAUGGCAAAAGCGGGAAUUGUUUGCAAAUUGAAUACACGUUGUUCGGUGCUGGCCGCAGCAAACCCAAAAAAUUUGCACGCAAUGAGCGAACCUGAAGGCAUGAAUUCCAUAAAUAUUGGCAUAGCAACACCACUACUAAGCAGAUUUGAUUUAGUGUUUGUUUUGAAAGAUGAACGCAUACCUGAAUGGGAUGAUGCAAUUGCAUUACAUUUAUUAGGACAAGUUACAACCGGUUUCCAAAAUAUCAAUAUCGAAAAAGAUGCCGAACUUUGGGGUCCGAAAAAAUUACAAAAACAUAUUGCCGCCGUAAGCAAUGUUCAACCGAAAAUGACACCAAUUGCAACCGCUACGUUGAGUGCUUAUUAUCGACGAUGUCGAUCGGAUCCGGAACGUGAUAAUGGCCGAACAACAAUUCGUUUACUUGACAGUUUAAACCGUCUCGCAGAAGGUCAUGCUCGACUAUUAUUCCGCGAUAAGGUGACUGUCGUUGAUGCUAUAGUGGCUAUUCGGUUGAUGGAAUCGACAUAUGGCUUUGGUCGUACGGUGAAACCGUACGAUGUGAUUAAAGAAGAGCUUCCACUCGGCCCUGAAAAUGAAGAAAUCAAUUGUAUUUUGAAGCUUCUGGAAGUAGAUGAAACAUCAUUGAAUGAACACGAUGUGCAGAGCACUACAAAUCAAGGAAACGAAAAAUCAUUGCAUGACAAACAAAAUGUAUUGCAGAAUGGCCAAAGUUUCAAGAAGCCAUUGCAAGUGCCUGCAUCACAACUAAAAAUCAAUCUAAUUAAAUCGCAUGCAUUAAUUUCAAAAUCCCAAAAUGUACCUAAUAAACCAAACACAUCAACCAUACAAACAGCGACACAAGCGACGACACAAUCACAAAAAACCCCAUCGUUGACAGCAUUUCAAAGGCCGAAUUCGAACUCAAAUCAAGUAAAUUCGAAUUUUGAAGCGGUCAUCAAUAUGGAUCCCGAUGAAUUGGAUGAAAUACUGUCAUUUGACACUGAUGAUAAACCAGCGAAUGUGGACGACAAGCAUCCGAUUAAAGUCCAAUCCAAGACAUCGCCAAAAAUUGAAAAUAACAGCCACACGAUGUUGUCAGACGACGAGGACUUAGUUUUGUCACAAGCAUUGGAUGACAUUGAACGGUCUCAGAUUGGUGAACCGAUGCCAAAAAUGAAAAAAUUUAACUUCAAACCACCCAAUAGGCUAUCGUUGAAUUUAAGCCGUUGUAAAGAUUCAAGUAAAGAAAAUAUGAAUCACUCUGCCGAUGCUUCAACAUCGACUGCCAAUCAGUCAGCGGAGCCUAAAGAAGUGGGAACAGUAAAUCGACCAGUAGUUAAACCUCGAAUUCUUUGUACACCGAACGACGAUGAAAACUCUCAAAACGAAUCUCAAAAACGGAAGAUAUCUACCCAAACAUUGAAUAAAUUGCAUUCAUUUAAAUUCAAAGAAAAGGCCGUUGAUGAAUCGAUUCGACAACAAAAUGUUGAUGCUGUUGCAAAAGGUGAUGUUUCACAGCCUGAAAAUGAUAGUGCCUAUGACACGAUGCCUUUAACUAGUUCAACUUUACCGAGCACAGAUCCAGUUUCAUGCCGAAAAACUGGCAAAACACCACCAUUGUUCCCGUCUCCAAGCGGCGCAACGCCGAAUGAUAUCGACAAUGAAGAUUUGAGCUUCCUUGACAACAUUUUUUUUUAGUAUUUUAUACAUAACACGAAUUAAACUAUCUAUUGAAAAUUUCAUUGUCAUUACAAGUGAUUUGUUUUAGAUUAACAAAUGCCAUUUAUUAAUAAAACAGAUACGUAAAAAUGGAA